AUGAAUAGAGGCGGUGGAGGUGGUGGCCGGAAGGUCCUUCUUCCUCCAAUCAACUUCAUUUUCAAGCUUCUCCAACAGCACACACCAGUGUCGAUUUGGUUAUACGAGCAAUUGGGAAUUAGAAUUGAGGGCAAGAUCAGAGGCUUCGAUGAAUUCAUGAACUUGGUGCUCGAUGAAGCAGUGGAGGUUAAGCAAGCUACAAAGGACAAGCAAGAGAGUCGCAGGGCGCUGGGACAAAUUCUAUUGAAGGGCGAUAAUGUGUCGUUGAUUCAGAGCGCAAGUGGAUAA